GUCCGCCAAAGGAGCAACACGUACGGGUGACCGUGAAUCUGAUAUAGUGCAAUAGUGAAGUGAAGUGACAGUAUAAUGGCGAGAAUAUUUUUCUUAUUUGUUUUUGUUGUGGCUGUGAACGGGUUCAGACAUCACCCGAAGUUCCCGAAGGCCGAUGAGAGCGACCUUAUAAAAAAAGUGGCGUGCAACAGUACUUUGGAACAGCGAAGAAAUGAAUUCAUAGAAAAGUCUAGAUGUGGUGAACCAAAAGAAGUGUUCCAGGAAUUAAAACUACAAAGUUCAUAUUUACAAGUUAGUCCGAGCUGGGUUUGGGUCAAGCGUUGUGUCGGCCUCUGCGAUUUAGAAGCACCGGGCUCACAAUGUGUCGCAACGAAGACCAGGAUAGAACCGAUCCCGGUUCGAAUAUACAAUCUAAAGACGAACAAGGAGACGUGUUCGACGUACAGCCUCGAGGUGCACGAGAGCUGCGGCUGCUGCACCUCUUCGUCCAGCGACUGUGCCUCGCCGAGGGUAUAUAAUCCUCGUAAGUGCUCCUGUCAAUGUCCCAACAUGGAAGAAAGGCGGAAUUGCCUCAAGAAGCGGAACCAGAAUAUGAAGUGGAAUCGAUCUAAAUGCAUUUGUGAAAAGAAGAGGACUUUAUGGUGAAAACCGAGGAAGUAUUUAAGAAUUUAGACGGGUUCCUAUUAAAGACAUUUGUAGUGCUUAGAGGACACUUAAAAAAAUCCUAAACAAAAAACUUUUUACGAAGACUUCUAUAGUGCUUCUAUAGUGAGAGACAAAGUUGUGAAGUAGAAACGUAAUAACUAUGCGACUGAUCAAUGUGUCUUAUAGUUAAAUUGAUUUAAAUAUAAGCAGUAUUAUGAUAGACAUAAGUUAUUUAUUCAAUCGUUAUAAGAAUGGGACCAAAAGAAGUUGUGAAUCGUUACGUUACGUCCUAUUACCGUGUAUUUAAUUUCAACUUAAUUUAAAUUAGUUAGCGUCUAGUUUAGGGUUUUGGACAUCCCUUAUCAGUAUUGUUUUUAGUAUAUCAGCGUUUUUGACGCAAUUCCUAAAUUGUGAUAUAGUUAUUCAAUUUUCCACUAGGUUUAAGACCAGUAUUAUUGAAAUAAGUAAUUUUUUAAUUAAUUUUAUUUGCUUCUAGUCAAACUGUACUUUUGACGUAUUUAUUUGUAUUUUAAUUGUAAAUAAUUAUAAUGUCUCGACUUUUUGUAACAAGCUCUCUUUAGACAAUUGUAUAUAGCUUCAAUUUUGUGUAUUUUUUAAAUUAUUUAUAAGACCUAGUCUAGCUAGUGCCAAAGGCAUGUGCAAUCUCAAAUGUAAAUAAGUAUGAAAAGAAUAAUAAUUUAUUUCUAUUUAAUUUUAUAAUACGAGUAGCUUACGAAGCUUUAAGUGAUCAAAUCACGUGAUUAGUUUGAAAUG